GAGAGGGGUUUAUGAGUUAAGCGUUACUGGGACUAAAGUAGAGGCGGUCGUAAAUAAGCCAGUUACUUUAUAAAAGAUCUUAACGAAGUUCACAGCCAUGAAACCCUAUAUACAAAUUAGUGACGUAUAUCCUCACAAAUUUGUUACAUAGUUUACAAACGUUAACAAGUAUGGAUUAGCUAAAACUCACUUUGGUGUUUAAUUCUAACACAAAUUCAAGUACUUUUUUCCGCACGUAACUUAGAUCUGUAAAGUCACUUUUGGGUACGUUAUUAAGCUAUACAUUACUGAAGUUCACUUAAGCAUGACUAUAGUCAUAUAUUUCGAUAUAACAAUUUUUUAUAAGAAUUUACAUUACAGUGCUUCUCUAGUGAAAAUCAUACGUAGCAAAACUGCACUGUUCGAAAUUUUAGAUUAUGUUUGCUCAGUAAAAAGUGGAGUAAUAUUAAAAUCGGGAAUUCAUGGCAAUAUAAAGAACAAGUGUCCCAGUGUUAAUAUGAAUGGUCAUCGUUUAUAUCAAUCAGGGUCUCUGGGUUACCAAUAUGUACUGGUUAGGAUUCACACACGAGACGAACUAGUUUCUAAAUCAUGCAAACCCAACUUGGUUCAUGUACUCGUUUAAAGCUAAUUGACUGUCUAAAUAUCAAAACAUGGUUGAAGAUCAAGAGAUUUAAUCGUCAAGCCAUCGUAAAAUUACUUUAAAACCUUUUUUACGGAUACGGACUCUUAAUGUAAGUUUUUUUUACUACCUACAUGCUAAUUUUAAAGUUAGAUUAGAUACAAGGCCAACGUUAUUUUUAGACGCCCCAAAUGCCUUGGUACGGCCGAGGGUGGGGUAAGUGCGCUCUCCUUCUCGAAAUGCUCUCACACCAUGGGUGUUGUUUAAGGAAUUGUGAGGACGAAAAGCGAAUGUCCGGCGCUUUAACCAGGUUGAUGAAUAUGGAGGACCCAAACCCUGAUUCCAAACCAAUGGUGCACAUGGGCUCCAGGAUUCUGAGGAAACAAAUGGCGUACGGACCGAUUGUUGGUCCCCGGCUACCAUAGGAUUGCAUCUCCUGAUGUUUCUCCACUGCCUUGUGGAUCAGUCCUUCAAAUCGAAGGCUCCAAGUGCGCCUCCCCCCAAGUAGACCAUCUGCUUCGUUUCGGGCACCCAGGAAGUAUCACAGCUCACACACAAAUCAAGUGACUUGUGUGGCACAUAUGUAUUCAGCGCCCCUUUGUAUCAAUAUUUAUGUGUUCAAAUAAAUAAUUUUCAGACACUCAUAGUUAUUGAGUAUGAGUUCUGUUUCUUUAUAAAUUUCACUUUCUAAAAUAAUCGGUCUUCUAGACUUACAGGGAAAAAUACAGCUGUUAGUUAUAACAUUUGUGAAUUUAUACUACUCGGUGGUGUUUCAUUCCUUAUGAAUGUCAGAGUGCACAUGGGCUCCAGUAUCCUGCGGGAACAAAUGGCGUAUGAACCAAUCGUUGGUCACCGGCUUCCAUGGGACUGCAUCUCCUUACGAUGCUCCACUGCCUUGUGGAUCAGACCUUCAGGUCGAAGGCCCGGGCAGUAUCACAGCCCUCACACAUAUCGAAUGAGAUUUGUGUGGCGCAUAUAUAUUUGUUGCCUCCUUGUACUAAUAUCUAUGUGUCAAAAUAAAAUAAUGUCAGAGCGGAAUUUCUGUUGAUCAUUCUCUUUACAAUCGAGUUGUAUAGAUUAUGAUGUUCAAUUGUAUACGUGAAACCACACUUUAAUUUUACUAUUCCCACUUUGAGUUUGUGCUAACUCAAGUAUUUGGAAAUACGCCUCUUUAGCUUAGCGUAUGUUUCGUUUAUUCAAGUCUAAACGAUGUUUAAUAAUUUUUUAAUUUAUACAGUAGGCCUGUUCAAACCAAUGAAUCUUACAAAAGAAGUUGAUUUCGGACCGAUUCGUGGAAGGGGUCUUGUUGCUGCUCAAUUUAUAAAUCCUGAAGACAUUCUUUUUUCAGAAGACCCUCUAAUAUGCUGUCAGUUUUCAUGGAACAAGCUCUAUGGAUAUAAAGCUUGCGAUCAUUGUUUAUGUCCACUCGAAACAUCGGAGGAGAAUGCUAGAAGACUUACUAACAAUCCGUCGCUUGUAUUACCUUAUCCAGAGGCAUCAUUUCACUGUAGCCAAACUGUUCACUGUCCUAAUUGCUUAGCUAACUACUGUUCCCCAAACUGUCUCGAAUCAGCUGCUCUUACAUAUCAUUCUCCAAUGUGUAUGGCAUCCAUCGAAAAAGGCAAGGAAAAUCCGUUAGAAAAAUUAGACAUAAUCUGGCGACAGUCUCAUUAUCCUCCAGAAAGUGGUACUAUCUUUUUACUCGUUCGUAUUGCUGCUGCAUGUCUAUCAGCGUGUCUUAUUGGUUCAUCGACCUCACAGCAUUUAGUUGAAGCACUAAGACAGUUUGUUUCUAGUACAAGUGCAAUGAUCAAUGAAAAUGCAAAUGAUAUUCUCUAUCAUCAAAUACUUGGUGAUCAGUUUGCUACAUAUAUCGAAGAGAUUCAUAGUGCAUUUAUUGAAGUACUCUUAUUUUUAUGUCAAAAGUUUAGUCAUGUUACAUCUUAUGAUGAAUGCAUUCAAACCCUGCAAAAAGCCGGGAUAAACACAUUAUUAGAGAAAAAUCAUUUUACAAGUGCUUUAUGUCUGAUUAGUCGUAAUGGUCAAGGUAUUGCAACAAGUGCUUUCAGUGUCUGGGUUAAUCAGGCUGGAAAAUUAGUUGAUACAACAAAUGAACAAACAUCUAAUGAAUUUAAUUCGUUUGUCGACCGGCUAUACUCGGCAAUUGAUGAUCACGUCGGUUCUUUUUUGGACAACGAAGGGGUCGGUUUAUAUUACUACCAAAGUCGGAUUAAUCAUAGUUGUUCACCGAAUGCAAUAAUUCGUUUCAGUGGAGUCAAUAGUCGAUUAUCUGUGGUUGCAUUGACACCGAUUCAAGAAGGUGAAGAAGUCACUAUCUCUUAUUUGGAUCAUUGUCUACAAUCACGUGGUCGUCACACAAGACGUAAAUACUUAUCAUCAAAUUAUUUGUUUUGGUGUGAUUGCCCUAAGUGUGAAAUGGAAAAGAUUGAUGGUGCAUUAAGCGUGACAUCCUCAUCUGAAGACGAUGAAGAUGGUGAUGACUAUUGUACUCAACAAGACAAAUGUGAAUAAUUUCAUGAAAACUCGUCAUACCCUCCCACCCAACCACUCACCCUCAAUACACAUGAAAUAAGCUAUUUUGACAGAUUCUUUGUAUGAUAAUUUGUGUAAAAUAAAAUUCAAAUCAUGAAUAAUCCUUUUGGUAA